CACGGGUCCGAAGACUAGUGAUCGCCCAUGGCCCGCUAUGUUGCGGAUCCGAACCCUGGCGUCCAUGAUCCUGGAACCUGCCCCCUGCACCGUUCUGGGCCUUGCAGACAACGUCUUGAUGCUACUGUGGGAGGUACAGUAGGGCCGGCAUCCACGAGGUCGGGUCCUGGUUAGCGUCGAUAUUCUGAAUAUGUAUCCUGCGGUCCCCUGCGUUGGCCGUGUUGGUGAUGCUGGGUCUCUCCUUGUGCGUCUUGUUGCCGUCAACUUGCUCGACAUUUCGUCCAUUCCGCUCUCUUCGAGGUCCGCAGAGCCUCGCCAACAGCUGUCAAUAUGGUCGGCCUUUUGAUCCCGGCCCACUACAAGGCCGUGAAACCGGACCCGAACGACAUGAACAUUGCGAGUAUUGCUUGGGGCGUCUCCAUGGGCGUCUGCAUUUUCACCGCCGCCAAGGGAGCGAGGCAGACCAUCAACUCAUGGAAGCGAGGCCGGAAGAUGAACCCGUAUAUCAUUUUGUUGUGGAUGGAAUGGUCCAGCAGUACCAUCAUGAGCGCCCUGGUGUGGUCUUAUCUACGAGGAUACAUCGAGCCCGGCUUUAUUUUCUUUUUCAUGGUUGUGUUGCUCUGGUCAAUUCAGAUCCAAGCCCUAAUUCAAGUCAUCAUCAACCGAAUCGCUAUUCUCAUGGUCAAUCGACAAAACGCAAAGAAGCUCAAGAUCAUUGCAUUCUUGAUUAUGCUGGCCAUCAACAUCAGCGUCUUUUGUGUAUGGGUUCCUGCCCGCCUGCAGAUUACAAAUACUUGGAUAAAAGUCAACAACAUCUGGGAUCGAAUUGAAAAGGUCAUUUUCCUUCUUGUCGACGCCGGCCUCAACCUCUACUUUAUCUACCUGGUUCGAACCCGCCUUAUCGCUAACGGACUGACCAAGUAUGGUCGCCUGUUCCGAUUUAACCUUGGCAUGAUUGGUCUGUCAAUGACCAUGGAUAUCCUCCUUAUUGCGAUGAUGUCACUUCCUAACGACAUUGUCUACCUCCAGUUCCAUCCCCUUGCGUACCUCGUCAAGCUUCACAUCGAGAUGAACAUGGCCGAACUCAUUACCAAGGUCGUCAAGGCCAGUAACCCCUCUGGUUACGCCGACUACUCCGGCUCCCGUUCCCAGCCUACCAACGGCAAGAGCUCGAGUCGGGGCCAGACAGUUAACAGCAAGCAUAUGCGCUCGGUUUUCCCCGAUGGAAACACCACCUAUAUCCAGGGCGGAGGAGACGACAUCCAGAUGCCGCAAAGAGAACACGGUGGAAUUCAGAAGACGACUACAACCCAGGUUGUGGUGAAGUCUCAGUCGGGAUACGACGAGCAGGACUUGGCUAGCGAGUCGAGUUCGACACAUCAGCUGAAAAGGGAGCCUUUUGCUCUGUGAACACCAAGGAUACCAUCUACACACGGUGUUGGAAGAUUUUGUGACAGGAUUACAGCUUGAACAAUUAAUGUUGAUGGAGCCUAUAAACGGAUAGAGCGACUUUCUCUGCUUCGCAAUUAGAUGCCUCGGCAACGACCUCGAAAACGAUACCCAACGGGAUAUUUUGAUAGAAUCAUAAGACUACUAGACGUACUUAAUGCAAUGGAAAAC